AUAAAUUUGAAUGUCUCAAUGAGACUGAAAUAAAAUGUUUGGUAAUAAAUAUGACAAACUAUGAGCAUUCAUCAUAAAAAUGUACUAGGUGUUCAAGACUUCUGAAAACCACGAGGGUGUUGAACAUUAGGCACUUGCCCCGCUAACCAAGUGUAAAGUGUAGAUGCGCGCUAUUUAGUUAACCGUGUUGUAACAGUAUCGAAAAUCAUUACGUGUAACUUUACUAAUGCAGGUUUGUUUUCCUUAUUGCAGGACAACAGAAAGUGAACGUAUUAGAAGAAGAAGAACAAAGCUUGCGCAAACUAAACCUGCUGGAUGAUGAGACAACAGAAAGUGAACGUAUUAGAAGAAGAAGAACAAAGCUUGCGCAAACUAACCCUGCUGGAUGAUGAGUAAAACUAUUUUGUAAUAGACUUCUGUUUUUGUACAAAAACCGUGAAUUUCAAUUUCUAAUAUAUCUCUGUUGUGCUCGCACGCCGUGUUCUCACUUGAGUGGCAUCUGCCAGUCCUGACUGUUGUGUUGUGUUUCAGAUUACUCCUGCCUGCAAGUAAACGCUAAUAAUACGUGCUACAAUAUAUCUCUGUUGUGCUCUCACUCCGUGUUCUCACUUGAGUGGCAUCUGCCAGUCCUGACUGUUGUGUUGUGUUUCAGAUUGCUCCUGCCUGCAAGUAAACGCUAAGAAUACGUGUUAAAAGUGGUGAUGGAGGUGUUUAUGUCAAAACAUGAUGAACCCCCAGCCAUCCCCGGCAAGUUAACAGUCAACACAACCCCUCGCCAACCGCCACUGUUAGGCGUCUCAUCAGACUAUGACAUCUGGAAAAUUAGAGUAAUGACGUGCCUACGUCGAGUUCCAACUUCGGAACACUUCGACUACCUUCUGUCCUACUUAGAUGACGAAGCAGCGAAACGAGCGACAGCUAACGGCUUUACUGCGUGCAAUUCAACAUCUCAAAAUUGGAAGAUUUUAGAUGAAUGUUUUUCGUUGAAGGUGGAUACCCAGCAGUCAGCCAUCCAAUUUUUGUCUCGCCACCAGAAACCUCAUGAAAGCCCCAUCGACUAUCUUCACUCAUUACAGCAGAUAGCAACUCAGGCAUUCCCUAGCCUGGAUAUCUUGGGGCGAGAAGAAAUUACACGCUCCCGUUUUAUUGAAGGACUGCUGCCAGGUGCACUGCGAGAACAUCUACUUCGAGUGCCACCGGCUGACACAGCCGACUUGAAACGAACGGCACUUCGAUUUUUGACUGCUGAAAGACUGUCAGUUCCAUUGGAGACCUAUCGACCAACCGUGAUGACUAUCGAUGAAGCCACCGAACCUAAUCGACAAGAUAGCUUUCAAAGUGCCGCGGCUAUUAGAGAGUUCCCUGACCGGAAUAGUAGACGAGGGCAGCCGACUUCCACAUGGAACGGACGGUUGUCAAGGGACAACUAUCGAGACCAGCAAACAGAAUGCUUCUACUACAGACGUUUCGGCAAAAAUGCCAAGAAAUGCGGGCAUAACCGCGUGAAAAACAGAGGUAAGCAGUGUCGUUUGCAUAUAUCGUCUUGCUAUGUUAAACAUUUGUGCCCUGUUACUAUUAGGGGUAGAGUGCAAAGUACUGAGAUUAAUAUACUAUUAGAUACAGGAGCUUCAGUAUCCUUGAUCAAGGAAGACCUCUUGCAGAAACUUAACCACAGCACUCAGCGUAAACAAUGCUCUUCUACCUUAAUUACCGCGAGCGGAGAACCCUUGGAAGCGUGUUCUAAGAUAGGGUUAGAGCUAACGAUUGACAAGAAGCCUUUUCAACAUGAAUUCUGGGUUUGCCCCACACUGACUUGGGACAUGAUUCUCGGGGUCGACUUCAUGUUAAAAUACCAGGUCUCUAUACACAUGAAUAAGUCAGAAGCGAGUAUUGGUGUUGUCGUGCAAAUACAACACCAUGAAAUACCAACUAAGUCCGCAGCCCAGGUGGGAAUUUCAGAAAUUGUACGUCAGGUACAGGAUAACAAAAUAAUAAGUGAAAAAGACCGUCGAGCAACCACUGAUGUACUCCAACAAUUUAGUUCCGUUUUCUCUGAGAAUAUCUCUGGAAAUCGGACGACCACUGUACAGCACUCCAUCCUCACAGGUGAUCACAUGCCACUACGUCAACCACCUCGCCGAGUACCAGUACAUCACCAGCCUCAACUAGAAUCAAUGAUAAAAGAUAUGCUAGCGAAAAAGAUCAUUGUACCAUCUUCAUCACCAUGGGCAUCGCCUAUCGUUUUAGUGGAAAGAAAGACUCUUCCCUACGACUAUGCGUAGACUACCGCCGCCUUAACGCUAUAACUAAACGUGAUUCUUUCCCACUUCCACGUAUAGACGCUACAUUAGAUGCCAUGAAAGGCGCUCGUUGGUUCUCGACUUUAGACUUAGCAUCAGGGUAUUGGCAAGUGGAAGUCCGACCUCAAGAUAGAAAAAGACUGCAUUCACAGUACCCAAUGGUCUAUAUGAAUUCCAAGUGAUGCCGUUUGGGCUAACUAAUGCCCCAGCCACUUUCCAACGAUUAAUGCAGACAGUUCUACACGGUCUCGUACCACACCAGUGUUUAAUUUACCUUGACGAUAUUAUUGUGUAUGGCAGAACGCCGGAACAGCAUAAUGCAAAUUUGAAGGCAGUCCUACAACGAAUUAAGCAGCAUAACCUAAAAGUUAAACCAUCUAAAUGUCGACUAUUGCAAAAAGAAGUGCUCUUUUUAGGGCAUCGCAUUACAGAAGAUGGAGUAGCAACAGAUCAGGGAAAAACGAGCGCCAUUAUUAACUGGCCACAACCGAAAUCUGCCGAGGAUGUUCGCAGCUUCCUGGGACUCGCUUCAUAUUAUAGACGUUUCGUACGCGAUUUCGCAUCCCUAGCAGCACCUCUACAUCGCCUGACGCACAAAGGACGAACAUUUUUGUGGACCACAGAAUGUCAACAAGCAUUUAGCACUUUGAAGUCGUGUCUUGCUGCUCCACCCAUACUAGCUUUUCCGGACACUUCUGCUAAAGCGGGUGAGUUUAUACUCGAUACAGAUGCUAGUUCAUCAGCUAUUGGAGCAGUCCUGUCUCAAAUAGCACUAGAUGAACAGGAGCGGGUCAUUGCGUACGCUAGUCGGCGGUUAGAUAAGAGGAGACAAGGUAUUCUACGACGCGCCGAGAGAUGCUGGCUUUGGUAAAAUUUUCGCAACAUUUUCGUCACUAUCUCUUAGGACGACCCUUUCGUGUACGCACAGACCACCGUGCACUACAGUGGCUUUGUUCGUUCCGUGAACCAGAAGGUCAGAUAGCGCGCUGGCAGGAGAGGUUGCAAGAGUUUGAUUUUACUUGUGAAUACCGCCCCGGAAGCCGACACACAAACGCUGAUUCUCUAUCUCGUAUACCUUAUUCUCCUGAUACCAUUAGUGCCGUCCUUAGCACAGCCCCCGAGAUCGACUGGCCGUCUCUUCAAGCAGCAGACCCAGAUCUGCGAUUUAUUUAUCAGAGGCAACUACAUGGCAAUAAUAAACCAUCUAUGACAGAGUUAAACGAUCAUUCCUUGGCGACGCGCCGUCUUUGUGCCAAGUGGGGCAGUCUAAGAUUGUAUGAAGACACGCUGUUUAUAGUCAGUGAAUCAAAACAACCACUGUUGAUAGUACCACGUAUACAAGUUCAGAAUAUUAUGGAGCAGGUACAUCGAGAACUGGGGCACUGAGGAAGACGGAAGACUGAACAUGCUAUCUGCCGAAGGUUUUGGUGGCCAUCCAUCCACGAAGACGUUGCAGAAUUCUGCAAAAAUUGUAGCACGUGCUAUGCUAUCAAGUCACCCCGACAAAUACCCCGCGCACCCUUAGUUCCAAUGACGACAGAAGGUCCGCAUCAGCGAGUUGGCAUCGAUAUUAUGGGGCCACUCACAACGUCAAAGAACGGAAACCGUUAUUUACUGGUUAUGGUAGACUAUUUCAGCAAAUGGUGUGAAGCUGUGCCUAUACCACAACAAGAUGCCCUCACAGUCACUCGGGCUUUCAUUGAUCAUUGGGUAUCCCGGUACGGCGCUCCCUCUCACUCCAUUCUGACCAAGGUUCAGCUUCUGAAAGUCAUCUCGUCGCCCAGGUAUGUCGAUUAUUGGGAAUCCGGAAAACACACUACCGCAUAUCAUCCAGAAGGUAACGGCUUAGUGGAAAGAACCAACAGGACUAUCAAAGCUCUCCUUCAAUCGUUUAUCAAUAAGUCGUCGACGGAAUGUUGGGAUGACGUGAUACCACAAUGUCUGUUAGCUUACCGCUCAUCAGUGCACGGAUCUGCAGGAUUUUCACCGGCGACCCUACUUUUUGGGCAUGAAUUGCGCCUACCCGUUGAGCUGCAAAUAUCGCUGUUACCAUGCGAGGUCCAAGAUCAUGUAGUAUACAUCCGUAAUCUUCGCAGCCGCCUAGCCGACGCCUAUCGCUUAGUAAAGAUCAACCUACAAAAUGCCAGCAAGCACCAAAAGGACGUGUACGAUCGCAAGACGAACGGACCUGUGUAUAAACCCGGAGAUCGUGUGUGGCUGCACCGCCCUUUGGCCCCACCGGGGACAUGCAGCAAGUUCCAUCACCCUUGGCAAGGACCUUACGAAGUUGUGUUUAUGCGGUCUCCCACUACAUUCGUCUUACGUAACCUCCAACGACCCCAAGACGAUGUUAUAACAGUACACUACAAUCAAUUAAAGCCAGACAAGACAACUGUGCACUUAGAUACCCCGUUUGUCAACCCCCCGACUGCCGUCAGCCAUUAUGAAGUGCCACCAGAGGGAGGGGUAGCAUACCCAUGUCCAGCACCAGUCACUGAGGACAGUGCCUCAUGAAGAGAGGGGAUAGUGUAACAGUAUCGAAAAUCAUUACGUGUAACUUUACUAAUGCAGGUUUGUUUUCCUUAUUGCAGGACAACAGAAAGUGAACGUAUUAGAAGAAGAAGAAGAACAAAGCUUGCGCAAACUAACCCUGCUGGAUGAUGAGUAAAACUAUUUUGUAAUAGACUUCUGUUUUUGUACAAAAACCGUGAAUUUCAAUUUCUAAUAUAUCUCUGUUGUGCUCGCACGCCGUGUUCUCACUUGAGUGGCAUCUGCCAGUCCUGACUGUUGUGUUGUGUUUCAGAUUGCUCCUGCCUGCAAGUAAACGCUAAGAAUACGUGUUACAGUGUCAAGUCAGACGGCUGCUUCAUAUUUAGUUGUUGUCGAUCUCUUUGGUUAAAAAGUUUUAAUAUCAGAAAUGAGUAUCAGUCUUGCUGAAAGUGAUCCUGAAAUUAUGGCAUUAUGCAGGGAGGAAAAAGAACGUCAGAAACUUGGGUUGGAGUUAAUAGCUUCAGAGAAUUUCACAAGCAAAGCUGUCCUGCAAGCCUUGUCGUCUUCGUUUCACAACAAAUAUUCUGAAGGUCAAGUUGGUGCUAGAUAUUACGGUGGUACCAAAAUCGUAGACAAAAUGGAAGCUUUGUGCAAGAAACGUGCUCUCGCCUUAUUUGGUCUUGAUGAGUCUGAAUGGGGUGUUAAUGUUCAACCCUAUAGUGGAUCACCGGCUAAUUUCGCCAUAUAUACGGGGUUGGUCGGUCUUCAUGGUCGUAUUAUGGGAUUGGACUUGCCAGAUGGUGGACAUCUUACUCAUGGAUACCAAGCUGCAUCUGGUCGAAAGGUUUCUGCCACAUCGUUGUUCUUCGAGUCUGUUCCUUACAAAGUUGACCCUAAGACUGGAUGGAUAGAUUAUGAACGAUUGGAGAUUGUAGCAAGAUCUUUUCGUCCUAAAUUGAUUGUUGCAGGAACUUCAGCAUAUGCUCGUCACUUGGAUUAUCCGAGAUUUCGACAAAUUGCAGAUUCAGUUUCAGCUGUGUUACUUGCUGAUAUGUCUCAUAUUGGUGGUCUGGUUGCUGCAGGUCUUCACCCUUCUCCUUUCAAGUAUGCUGAUGUAGUGAUGACCACUACUCAUAAAACAAUUCGUGGACCGCGAGCUGCGAUGAUAUUCUAUAGAAAAAUGGCCAGAUCAAAAGAAAAUGGUGUUGAAAAUGGAUGUCACACUGAUCCUACUUCAACAGACUUUGAACGUCGUAUUAAUGAAGCAGUCUUUCCAGGUUUACAGGGUGGUCCUCACAAUAACACUAUUGCAGCUAUAGCUGUUUGUUUAAAAGAAGCUGCAUCAUCUGAAUACAAAGUUUACCAAGAGCAAGUGCUCAAAAAUAUGAAACAACUUUGCAAAUCAUUAAAAGCUUAUGGUUAUGAGCUUGUGACUGGAGGUAGUGAUACACACUUAUGCUUGAUGGAUCUUCGCCCAUUAAAAAUAGAUGGUGCUCGAGCUGAGAAAGUUUUAGAAUUAGUUCGUAUCUAUGCAAACAAGAACACUUGUCCUGGUGAUGUUAGUGCUUUGAGACCUGGUGGCUUACGCUUUGGAAGUGCUGCGUUAACAUCACGAAAUUUCCAUGAAGAAGAUUUCGCUAAAGUUUCAGAAUUCAUACAUGUUGGAAUUCAAAUAGCUGUUAAAGCUAAUGAACUUGCUAACAGCAAACUAUUAAAGGAUUACGAAGUACGGUUUUUCCAGUUUAUUAUUAUUAUUAAUUCGUUCAACACAAAAAUAUUGAUACUAAAGGGCACCAAAAUAUAUAUGGACCACACAAUAAGAAAUGGAAUUGUAAAGUGAUAGAGAAAGGAAUGUAUGAAUCAAAAUGAGUAAAUAGUUAAAAUUAAUGGAGAAACAGUUCAUCUAAGAAAGUCACAACGUAGAACCUGGUACGUAUGUACAUCGGUUCAGGUUCCCACACCUUACUAUCUAACAGAGAUGAAAUUGUCAGGCAGAAUCCCAAAAUAGUAGAGGUAGUAGUCAACGAGAACACAUGUGGGAACAGUCGAAUGUAUUUGACCACAAAAUUACAGAAUCUUAGUAAAAUGCAGAUUGGACCAAAGCCGGCCUAGAUUGGAAUAGGCCCCCAUCUUUCACUGUACAUAAACUGACUUCAUCAGUCAUGCCACCACCAGCUCUUAUGUAGCUACUUAAGUACACGAACUUCUUAACUUCUUACUGCUCAUUAGCAAGAGUGAGAUCAGAUAGAAGCCCCUGUCAGUCUUAUAAAAGUGUUUUGCACUUAGAAGGUGCAAAACAUUCUAUUCCUACGGAUUCAGAUUAAGUGGAUAUUGUGUGGGUUUAAGUCUCAUCGCACGUUAAGGCAAUAUCAUCCUCACAUCCAAGAUCGAGUCUUUCUACAAGUAACCAAAGGUAUCCACAUUACCAUCACCUACUUUAACCAGAGUUGUUUCCAGAAUUUCAUCAUUGCCAAAAUUGUCGAGGAAUGUCGUGGUUGAGCGAAUCUCCCUGACUCCAUUGCGCGUGUGGGACAAAAGAGACAGGGGGUCUUUGUGUCGAAGACAUCAAUUUUCUUAAACAUACUCUUCUUCAACAGACAGUUCCAGAGAACAAUCUUGUCCAACGGAUGAAUCGUGAAUUUGAUGUCGAGAAACACAGCGAAAGUUCUGCAAUCAGUAUGGCGCUGUUCUAACAUUUGGGAAAGGACAAAGAUUUUAAUCAAUACAUCGACCAUAAUUAAAACCGACGUGCUCCUCGUGAAUCAAUCAUUCAUGGGUUUUGAGCUAUCUAUGAAGUGUGCCGGAAGUCAACAGUUUGGACAUAGUUAUAAGUAGAGUUUUCCCCCGAUAGUUGUUGUAUAGUUGACACAAAACGUUAUUGAAGAUGGGAACGACUAUCGCCUCAUUCCAGGAUGUUAGAACACCGAUUGUCAAACGUUUCCAAAUAACUUAGUUCCUUAACUAAAAGUUAUCCACUAUCCUUAAAUAGAUCUGAGGCGUCAUCGUCCCUUGGUUGAUUUAUAACUCUUCAAGAGUUGAAGUUCUUUGCGGACUUCAUCUCGUUAGGUUAACGAAAAUUUAUCUUUUCUCAUACCGAUUUCUUCUCACUUCAAUGGAACUUUCUAAUAUAACAGCGCAUAAUCAACUGUUAAUGGGGAUCCAAUCGAUCAGUGCUGUCUCAGCACUAGUGCUUAGUGUGACGCCAUCAUUAGAAAAACUGGAUGGAGAUGUCACAUGGUCUCGAGUAAACGUACGUGAAACAAGCUUUUAGACUAGACAAAUGGAAAGUGUAUGUGUAGUGCUUCAUUAGAGUCUUGAUCAUGGGUUUCGGAUGGAUAACAGAGGUUGAUAUUAAGAUUUUUCAAAGACGUAGAGCCGACUCUGUUGUCCAAUCUACAUUAGUGUGUAGAAGUUAAAGGAGACCAGUUUGAAUAACACAUUUGGUUUAAGAAAGGCUUGUUCAGAAUUCAUAUACGAUGGUAGCGUUCAACUUUCAACCAGUCAGUAACUUGAGAUGGUUUAGAUACAAUAAAAUUCCCAGCAUAGGCGAGCUGUUGUAUGAGUUGAGAAAUAAAAGAAUAUACGAAAUGAGAAUAAAAGGGAGUAGACAAGUGAUGCCAUGUAAAAUAAAAACGAAUGUGACCAAAUAGUUGUGAAUGUAAUUUGUCAGAAUGUGGAUUGAAGUGAGAAUGAUAUUUUCCAGUUGUGAUCAUCAUGUGAUUUAUAUGUAUGCUAAGAUACUGCCCAGGUGGUUUUCGUACGAUCCACAAGACAGUGAAGCGACGUUAAGUGAUGCAGUCGUAUGGUAACCGGUGAUCAACAGUGGGUUCAUCCGCCAUUUGUUCCCACAGCAAACCGGAGCUCAUGUGCAUCAUUGGUACUGGGUUGGAAUCAGGGUUUUCCAACUUCCCUAAGUGGACUCUGCGUGUACCAGUUCUCAGUUGUGCUGUGAAACUAAUUCGUUAAUUUUAUCUCUUUUUUCUGAGUAUAUACAAUGAAUAGAGUUCUUUUUAAAAAUGUUUCUUAAGAUACUAAAUGAUUAUUCAAAACCAAGGGAUAUUUCACCUAACAGUUGUUCACAAUAACUUCAUCGUCAGGCUGUACAGUUGUAUAUUUAUACCUCGUCUGUUUUCAUGUGAUCACUACCUAGCAAAUGAGAAUCGCCCUAGAAAUAGAAUUUCUGACGCUAAUGCAAAGCGAACUAUUUUAACAUGCAGCAUUGCCUAAUUCACAUAUUUAUGUAUACCUUAUUUUGAUCAUUAUAAUAUAGGUUAUGAAUUUUUAACAAGGAGUAGGUUAACAAGGCUACUGAAAACAACCGUUCGCUUAGAUAUUUAUUGUUUUUGCUUCGUGCUUAUGAAUCAAAAAACUUGGUUUGAUUAAAUAUUUCCCUAGAAUUUGGUUUAUAAAAAGUAAUAGUUUAGUUUACUUAUGACUGUGACGUUAUGAAGAUGCACUGUAAAUAUUUUUAUGUAGUUUUUUUUACAAUCACUGAGUAAGAGUGAGUAUUUUAUUAAAUGGGUCAACUACCAAACUAUGUCAUAUGAUUGAUCAUAGAAUUAUCCACACUUAAGUGAGUGCUAACCCAUGCUGUUUAAACAAUAUUUGGUUAAUGCACCAGUGUAAAAUAAACUGUUUGCAUGUGGUUUAGCAUAAAUUAUGAAUUAACAAUGGUCAAGCAAACUAUUUUGAUUCUCCAUUAUGCCUAGUUUUCAUGAAAUCUCCAUCUAAGGCCACAAAGUUCUGUGAUGCGCACGUAGUAGAGAGCGGCAUCUAGUUGAAUAAGUUACUUUUUCUUGGCUGUAACCUGUUGCAGCGUAGAUAAAUAAAAAUAAAAUCCAUUACCUGAUCAUCAAAUUCUCAAGUUUAUAACGUUACUCAGAUAUGUGUAUAUACUAUAGCUAGUUUCAUUUCUUUCUCAUUAGGUUGUUGUUGAAACAAAUGUUGAAGUACGUUCAAUGAUUGAAAAGUUGAGGCUUGAAAUUGAGGAAUUUGCUUCAAAAUACCCUCUACCUGGACUAGAUUUUUAAAAAUUAUAAAAUGUACUAGGUUUUGAUAUUUUUUGAUAACUAAAUUUUAUGAUGUAUAAAGUUGUUUUGUCGUCCUAAUUUUGGUGAGACAAUCACAAGAUUUUUUUAUAAUCUUCCACGCACUUAGUUGUAUCUGAUAUUUUCAGGGUUUUGUAUGAUUUUAAUGCAGCGUGUGUGUUGUAGCUACAAAUCUGUCAUUUCAGUAUUUAGAUACACUUAUAAUAUAAUAAUUAGGUUGAUAUGAUAAGACUGUUGGGCUACACUUAUUCUGAGUAACCGCUAAAUAAGUCCAAUAUUCAUCAUACAAUUUGAAUUUUCUAGUUAGUAUGUGAAACUGGAAACCAUACUUUUCAUAGUUAAGCGCGGUCUACACUGUUUAGUUAGUAGAUUUCAUGGAUAAAAAUAGUAAGUUGGGAUCAUUUACAAUCCAGGAGAAGUGGAUUUAUCAUGUGAUAAUUCUUAUUCUUAAUAUCCCAACUUUAUCAAGCGUUCCAACAUCUCUGUAUAGAUUGCAAUCGACUCACGUAAUUUUUACAUUUAGGGUUUUGAUUGUAAAUACAUAAAACUGUGAUCCAAAAUCAGCCACAUUUCGCUAGGGAGUUAAGGAUACACCUUUAAAUUGAAUUACUGUCUCUACCAUUAUCACUCCGAAUCAAUAGAUUUCUUGAUAGAUAUGUAAGAACUCAGACCAUAAACUACGUAUCGAGUUUUAAUCAAAACAGCAGUUCAUCCUCAGCAUAUUCAAACACUAGUUGUAUCACUGAUUGUGGCAAAAUGAGUACCUUCGGUUUAAAUUCUAGUCCCACUGACUGAAGUCCAGAGGAGUUCUAUGGUAAGGUUUCUGAUUCAUCAGAUGAGGUUCUUGAGUAGUAGGUUUAAUGAAGCUCUCUGUAAUCCGGUUUACUGAAUAGAUAAUGCUCAGACAACUGGUCUUUGACCGACUUGCCACCCUACGACAAUGACGUUCACAAACAAUAUUCCUGUUACCUAUAUCGUUCGAUAGGGUUGACCAGAGACUACUGGGACACAUAUUAAAAGUUCGACCAUAUUCUGGUGAAAUCAGGUGGAAAAUAUUGAAACUAGAGUACACAUUCCAGAUUAUUUCAAAUGUGAUUGGCUUAAAUAAAAACGACGUAAGCGAGGUUGUAGACCCUACUCCGCCGAAGUAGUGUAUUUUAUCACUAAUCGUAGUGUGCUUCAAUUACCUAAGCACAUUUCACUAGUUACAAUUUUUGUAAGAAUAGGACUCAGUUCCGUCAGUCAAUUAUUAUCCUGGGUAUUGCUUAUAUUCAAGUCAGUUACUGAUCUGGUUUAAUCCGAAUCAAAGUGACAAGUCGGUGUAUUUUAUACAAAGAUAUGUUCUCUUUAGUAAACAAAUAUAUUUUUUUCUGCAGCG